AUGUCCCUCCCUCAGCGGGGCGUAUACUUGCCUCCAAUACUCGAGCCAAAUGGCAGGUGGGAGGGUAGUGUUGCUGGUCUCGGUGAUGACUCGCUAACAUUUGCAUUGAUAAUCCAAUGCCGCACUUUUCGAUUCCCCUGCUACUGCACUCGACCCAGUAGAUUGUGUCUGCCCCACCCGCAAGGAAGUAGACGCCCUCGCCGCCGAAAUCGCGGAUACCAAUCCAUGAAUCUUGUCCAACCCACGCCCCUCGACCACUCAGCUCCUCCGUAUCGCACGAGAGUGCCCCCCCCACCCACUGGCACCCCAGCGGAUGUCCCGAGGCGACCUCAACUCGCCCUCGACCAUGCCCCCACCCACGCAAACAAGCGAUCCCUUCCGUGCCCGCUCGCCGCCGCUCCAGACGCCAUCCUGCGGCCGACACCCCCUCUGGCCGAGCGACGCCAACGGGGCCCCAUUCUUUGA